AUGGAAGGUGGAUCAGCUUUAUUAAGAGCUUGCAACCAAGCUGUGAAAAUUCUGCAGCCAAGGGUUCUAGAUCUCAUGACUGCAAGUCGAGAAUGGCGAGACCUUGGAGUAGACAAAGGAGUUGAAACCAAAGGAAUUUUAACAGAUGCAGGCUUGCAGUUAAUUAAAGCUACUGGAUUGAUAAAUCAAUCAUUCCAAAGAGUUCACGAUGAGCUCUGGGAUUACCAGCAUAAGACUGAAUGGGACGAUAUCUGCCUUGAAAGCUCUCUUGUGGAAACUUUUGACCAAGACUAUAGAGUUCUUUAUCAAAUUUUUAAGUGCCCCUGGCCAAUUAGCAAUAGAGAUUUCAUUUUUGUGCAAAAAAGAUCCUUUAUAGGGGAAGACUUACUGAUUUCGUCGACAAGUGUACCUGUUGAAAGUAUCCCAGAAAAGCGUGGCAUGGUGCGAGCAGAUGUUGAUUUGACAGGCUUUCACUUAGAAAAAGUUGAAGAUAAUGUUUCAAGAUUAACUUAUUAUGUCAGUGUUGACUUGAAAGGAAGCAUUCCACUAGCACUUUCAAAUAAGAUUGCAGGGAAGCGUGGGGUCUUUAUUCAUAAGCUGAGAGCCAGGCUUGGGGAUAAAUAA